GCCACCAAGCUGGGCACUGGGGAGAUGGCCAAUACUGACCCUAAGACCGUGCAGGAUCUCACCUUGGUGGUGCAGACCCUCCUGCAACAGAUGCAAGAUAAAUUUCAGACUAUGUCUGACCAGAUCACUGGAAGAAUUGAUGACAUGAGUAGUAGCAUUGACGAUUUGGAGAAAAACAUUGCAGACCUCAUCACACAGGCUGGGGUGGAAGAACUGGAAGGUGAAAACAAGAUACCUGCCACACAGAAGAGUUGAAGGUUGCUGAUUUGCAAGAAAAUCUGGAACACCAUUUUUACAAGCCAAGAGAAGACUGAAUGGCUUUUUGCAACUACUAUUACGUACACAGGUUUUAUAUUAUAAAGUGUGCAUUCUUGUCAUAUACUAUAUUGUUAGUUU